CCUUAAUGUUAAAAUCAAAUUAAAAGGAGGAUACGACGUCGUUAGGCUCGGGGGUUGGUGAAAAGUUUUUGCCGUGGGGAAAACUGAAGAGGAACUCCUCCAUCUCUUUCUUGGUUCUGCGUUCCCCCGCGAAUUUGGAAAAAGCGCCAUCUCUGCCCGUCUUUGUCGCUUCCUUCCUUCCUCGCUUCAAUCUUCACAAGGCGUUGAUCCCUCCAAAGCUUUUAGAUCAAGAUCACUCUCAAAUCCCCCACAAACCCAUCUGAUAUCCAUAAUGGUUGCGAAUGCUUUCCGCCAUCCUGUUGGGGUAAUUCAGCUCCAUGGUUCUGUUGGUGACACCGGUUCUAUGAGCAAAUGUAGGCAGAUGUCUUUCAGAUUUAUCUCCAAAAAUUUUGCGGUUGAUGUGGGUUUGCUUAGAAAAGGACAACGUGGUUCUAGACAGUGUAAACUGCAAGUAAUUCGUGCAUCUACUUCUCAAACUUCAACAACUGAUCCAAUUUUAUCUACCUCGAAAGCUGAAAGUGCUUUAAUACUAAUUCGUCAUGGUGAAUCUUUGUGGAAUGAGAAGAACUUGUUCACCGGUUGUGUUGAUGUGCCUUUAACCAAGAGAGGUGUAGAUGAGGCAAUAGAAGCCGGUAAGAGAAUUAGCAACAUCCCUAUAGAUAUGAUUUUCACAUCUUCGCUGAUUCGUGCACAGAUGACAGCUAUGCUUGCCAUGACCCAACACCGCCGAAAGAAGGUACCAAUCAUUACGCAUAACGAGAGUAGACAGGCGAAAACAUGGAGUCAAAUUUACAGUGGAGAUACUAAGAAGCAAUCGAUUCCAGUUGUAACUGCUUGGCAAUUGAACGAAAGAAUGUAUGGUGAAUUACAGGGUCUUAAUAAGCUAGAGACAGCUGAAAGAUAUGGAAAGGAGCAAGUGCAUGAGUGGCGUCGGAGUUAUGAUAUUCCUCCCCCAAGCGGCGAGAGCUUGGAAAUGUGUUCACAAAGAGCUGUAGCCUACUUUAAAGAACAUAUUGAACCAAAACUACAAUCUGGAAAGAACGUGCUGGUUGCUGCCCAUGGGAAUUCGUUAAGGUCUAUAAUCAUGUAUCUUGAGAGAUUAACUUCACAGGAGGUUAUUAGCUUAGAGUUAUCAACCGGUGUACCACUGCUUUAUAUUCAUAAGGAGGAAAAGUUUAUGAGGAGGGGAAGUCCAGUUGGACCUACAGAACCUGGUGUUUAUGCUUAUACUAAGAGUUUAGCUCUCUACAGGCAAGAAUUGGAUAAAAAGUCACAUUGAACUAUAUAAAAGCAGGGGACAACCUAUUUUUACUUGGGGGCUUUUUCUGUUUAUGAAACAAUUGAAGGACAUAUGCCUGGAAUUCUGCAGCAUAUGAAUACAGCUCUGUGCCGUACAAAUUUUUGUUUUUCAAUUUGCAUAUCAGAAGUCACUAAUUAAAACAAGGCAUUGAAUUUCUGUAGUUUCAGUACAUUCCUGACGUCAAAAGAUAUUGGAAAAACAAGAAAAGUCACAUCAUACUUAACAAUGUUGAAACUUGUAUUGUAUGUUAGAGUGUGGGCAUGUGGAAGGAUUACAAAGGGCAUGGCCAUGAUUUUGCUGCUAUUUCUGAAACUUUAGUUAGAUAGUUAGGCGAUGGUUGACAAUUGAGACAGAUGUAUUCGAACUGCCUCUUGUGUUUGAUUUCCAAAAGUCAGAAAGGAGCUACUUUUUCUUCUUUUCUUUUUUUUUCUAGUUCUAAUACCAAAACAAAAUGGUAGCUGCCUUUUAAUGUAGCUGUAAUGUUGAAGUACUAAUUUUGGAAGUACUUUUUAGAUGCUACUUUCUCGA